AUGCCGGAACUUCCUCAUGUCGGAGAUGAUCCUGAAGGAGUCGAACCGCGCGCGUCACAUUUGUUCGGGUCCACCGAUGUUGAAAGCACAGACGAUGGCCUACUCAACGGCGGAGGCGAAUCUACGGACCCUCUCGAAGGCAGAUCAUCAGCCGGGGGAACCAGACGGCAGAGCUACGACAGCAUUUCUCUCAACAACCCUACGACGGUGCUUGAUCGUAUGCUCCUCGGACAAAUCACCGAGAUCUCCCGGGCGGCUUUCGGAGCGUUCCUCCCGAGCGAAGGGGGCUUUGUGGCCCACGCAGUGUGCAAGCGGUUCUGGGGCUCGGUUGAUUCGAUUCUUGAGACUUACGAAUCGGCGCGCGAUGCCCUGGAUCACUGGCACGACAGCCACGCGCAGACGCCGUGUUCAUGGCCAACAAGGCCAGACAGACCAUUCGAUGAUCCCUGCUUCGCUUGGAUCUGCCGAACGAAGGGGCCGGGGACGGAGCCGGAAGACGGCCGGCGGAGUCCCAUGAGAAACUCGGUGGUCUCCAGCGCCGAGGUUUUUUACGCCAAAGUCAAAGCCAUAGUCGAUCAAACAGAGGAGUUGCACAAGCUGGUGACCAGUGCCGCCGCGCCGGACGACCCGUACAACCCCGACGAUCCGAGACCCCAUCUACCAAGUAGCCUAGUCAACGCCUUCGAGGGGCUGAUCAGCAUGUACGUCCUCAAGGCCAAGGAGCUAUCGUGGAUGAACAGGUUCACUGCCAAGAUUGCGUCAUCGUACAGUCAGAACGCGGAGCGCCGGUUGGACCGUCUGAGAGAAGCUGGCGAUUUCACGUCCGGACGAGUUCGCGAACACCUCAUCAGGGCCAAGGAAGACAUCAUCAUGCUGGGUACCACCAAGGGGGACUCGGAGAGAAUCAUCAUCGCCCCGAUCGGCCCGGAGUUCCUGGCAGCGUCCUUGAUAAGCAGCCUGCAGAACAUCGUACCCGUGCUAGGCACCGAGAAGAAACUGGAUCUGAUCAACCACUACCGCAGCCAAACUGCCAGGCUGUGGUUCAGCACCAACAGGAGGCCCAACCGGAAGGCAUUCGUCGAGAUACACGCUCUCGAGGAGGAGCUAGAGGCCCUGCGGACCGUGGUGGCAUCUCAACAGUACCUGCUGAGGUCUUACCAGAAGCUCUACUCGCCCCUUUCGUUCCGAACCCGGACGACGGACCGGCUGUACUACAAAGAACGCAAGGCCUCGUUCAGGCUGGAGAACAGGUGCAUACGCAGGCAGCAGCGCCGGCUCGCCGAGCGGGACAAGGCGUUAUCGAUCCUGCAACUAAGGGCCAGAACGUUGAGAGACGAAACGAAACAGAGGAUCGAGAUACUUGACGAGGGUCAUGGGAAGGCGAUCCGAGUGUUCACCAUCGUCACUCUUUUCUUUCUACCUCUAUCAUUCGUCACAAGUUUCUUCGGGAUGAACACCACCGACAUCAGGGACAUCGACCGGGACCAAAAAGUCUUUUGGACCUCGGCGCUGCCCGUGACGCUGGGUGUGCUGGGACUCGCAUUUGUCUACGGCUACAAGUGGGAUUUGGUUCUCGCAUGGGUGUCCAAGGGUUUCACAUCUCCCAGCACGAGAGGGCCGUCUUACACACCUCAAGACGUGGAGAAGAACACUUGGAUGACGGCUUCGGACCCAAGAGGCUCCGGUCUGCCAUCCCAUCAUGAGAGGGCAAGUAUCGCUGGUUGGAAGGAAAGGGUAUCGUUUCGUUCUCGGAGGUCGGCGAGGGGUCGCGUUCCGAGGAAGCAAACCGACGAUAGUCUGUUCCGCCCUUAG